CUGAAUAAACCGCUGCAGAGCGUGUUGUCGGAAUUCGUGCGGCGGACACGCACUCCUCUUCCCGCGUUUGUGGAACUCCUGCGCGGCCAGUCCGCCGACGACUACAGGCCCAACAAGAACAUGGUUCCCCCGGUCCUCCAGCGUGUAUGCGUCGGUUACCAGCACAUUGACGCGCUCGUCGAUAUCGCUGACUCCAGAGCACGGGUACCGCUGCUACGACCCGUCCCGCAGCAGCGCACCUACUCUAUCAAUCAUAAGUCCGCUGUUGAGCGGUAUCCUGUUCUCGUCAAGAAUAUCCGUAAAGAGCUAGACCUAUGGAGAUGCAUUGUUGUUGAUCUCGACAUCCUCGCGAUCUGGCCGGAGGUGCACAUUAGCCCCUUCGGGGUCGUGGACAAGGGCGACGCGGACCCAGCGACGACGGGCAGGACCAUUCACGACCUGUCGUUUCCAGCCGGUCAUUCACUCAACGACAGCACCGACACUUCCCGUAUCUGCACCCCUACGUUCGAGCGGUGCGAUGCCAUCGCUGCAGAAGUUCUCCGCCAGCGCGGCGUCUAUCCCGGUGCCGUAGUUAAACUCCAAGCUGGUGAUGUUGCUUCUGCGUUCCGAAACGUGUGCACUCAUAGCCAGCGCGUCUUUCUCUUUGGCGGCCGCCUCGAACCGGACAACGCGCUAGUCAUCGAUAUGUCGGCUGCGUUUGGCUAG